CUCAAUUAGAGUAAGCUGAAAUUUAUUUGCCAUGCCACGAGGUCGUACACGCCGAAGGAUUCAACCUUCGAGAAGAGAAAUGGCCAUGCGACGCAGCGAGAGAGGACAGGCAGCUUCAGUACCUGAAAUUCCUCUAGGGGAGCGUCGUUUGCAGAGAAAUGCACGAGGGACCGUCGAAUGUCAACAAAAUUCAACUCCACGUCGUGCAGGUAGAGCAGUUGAUGAUUGUGGUAGCGCCCAGCCCCAGCAGAGUCAAGAGCACGUGCAGGAUAACCCGCGCGUCGAUGCCAGACAACCGAGGGGUCAGAAGCGCCAAGCCGACGAAUUGGACGACAUGGUGGAUGUCAGGCUUCUAGAGACUGAAGCGGAUGUUUGGGUCCUGGGUGACUCGAUCCCGUUCUGGGCCGGACAGCAGGCAAAGAAUACAGGAAAGCCUAAUUUGAGAUUGAAAGAUUUAACAAUAGCCUGGUGGGGUAUUCGAGGCCUACGUUGGCAGUCUUUCCCUCACUCUAUUGAAUCACAGGUGUUAUUUUCUUCACCUCCAUCCAUUAUUAUUGUUCAUUUAGGAGGUAAUGAUUUGGCAGAUUUACCGAUUUUAAAUUUGAAAGAUGUUAUUCGGGAUGAAAUUUUUUACUUACGUGAAGCUUUCCCUACAACGGUACUAAUUUGGGUAGAUAUAUUACAGAGGCAGACCUGGCAUAAUGCCACGGGGGGUUGGGUUGCUAUGGAAAAUAAACGCAAACGAGUUAACAGGUUAGGCCGUCAAUUAGUUCAUUCAUCGGGUAAAAGUGACACAAUUAAGCCAGACAUUGAUGCUAAAACUGCAUUUUUUCGGGCAGACGGGGUUCAUCUCAAUGAUAUUGGUUUGGAAUUCCUCCUAGAUUACUUCAAAGAUUCUAUCAUAAAAAAUGUACCAGUCUCCCAAUAAGAAUUUGGGGGAUAAAUUUUUUGAUAAAUUUAUUGUGGCGUAAAAUUCUUCCGAUCGAGAGGAGAUCAGACAUUGUAUUCUGUUUUGUUGGCAUUUUAACUUAAAACCCUGUGUAUGGUUCUACUGCUCGUGACGGAAUACCCGUCAGGGUAGGCCGACCUAUAAUCAGGAAAUUAAUUUUGGAAGUAUCAUACAGUUUGUCCAUGUGUUUGGACUGCAGUUUGCGUUAUUUGGUUUUGCCCGUAGUACUUGGCAAUUCCUGUUUUUUGCGUUGCAGUGUAUGGCGUUGCCGUACAAUGGCGUCAGUUGUGGGUUCUAUUUAUACGCUUGGGUUCCCAGCGAUGAAUGGAAUCUUCAAUUUGAUGUCAUUUGCGGUAAUCUUUUGGACUGUUGAACACUGUGUUUUGCGUUUGCGUUGCGUUGCGUUUGUAUGAUACUGUUUGCAUGUUUUUGUAUGUAUUUGGAC